UUAUGUAAAACAGGAUAUCAAAAUACUGUUUUCCGCUGGACCGACCUUCUUCAACGCUUUACACAUUGCAGUAGGGACUAGGGAGGAAGGAGGAAACGAAAGGAGAAAAAUGCUCCCAGUGUCCUCAAAACUUUUUAUCUCUCUAAAUCUGUGAGACGUGCCAGCAUGUCAUGAUUCAUAUCAACAUAUGACAUAAAUUUCAAAUGUUCCCCAUUUAUUGUUAUCUUAUUCACACUGUAACCAUUAUUGCAUAUCUACGGCAUAAACCCUAACUAAAAUACUAAAACCUGAAAUUCAAAUAAAAUGUAAAGUCCAAUAGAAAAAGGGACUUCUAUAAACAGGGCAUGGGGAGAUGAGAAUGGCACACAGUCCAAAUCAAAAUAAAAUCUCUCUCAUGAGACAGACUUAGACGACUCAUGUGACUGACUGCCUGCCUGCCAUUUGCGCCAUCUGACCAAUGUCUCGUCGUCCUCCUCCUCCGCAUUCCUCCUCCUCCUUGCUGCUUGUUUUGUUGGUGUGGGCAGCCGCCGCCACUUCUAGUACUAGUAGUGGUGAAGGAUCUUUGGGUGUGGUGAAAGUAGAUCCAACCCUCAAGUUUGAGAACCCAAGGCUUCGCCAAGCCUACAUUGCCCUCCAAGCUUGGAAGGCCGCCAUCUUCUCGGACCCAUUCAACUUCACCUCCAGCUGGAAUGGCUCGGACGUGUGCUCCUACAUGGGCGUAUUCUGUGCUCCUAAGUCCACCGGUGCACAUGGCCGUGUGGUCGCCGGCAUCGACCUCAACCAUGCUGACAUUGCUGGCUAUCUGCCUCCAGAGCUAGGCCUCCUCUCAGACCUGGCGCUCUUCCACCUCAACUCCAACCGCUUCUGCGGCGUCGUCCCUAGCAGUUUGCGGCUCAUGAAGCUGCUCCAUGAGCUCGACCUCAGCAACAACCGCUUUGUCGGAGACUUCCCCAAAGUAGUGUUCUCCUUGCCUUCCCUCAAGUACUUGGAUCUCCGCUUCAACGAGUUCGAAGGCUCCGUUCCCUCCCAGCUCUUCGACAAGGAUCUGGAUGCCCUUUUCCUCAACGACAACAGGUUCCAAUUUGGCAUCCCUCCCAAUCUCGGCAACUCUCCCGUUUCGGUUCUGGUGUUGGCCAACAACAAUCUCGGGGGUUGCAUUCCUGGUAGCAUUGGUAACAUGGCCAAGACGCUCAACGAGAUCAUCCUCUUGAAUGACAAUCUCACCGGCUGCUUGCCUCCCCAGAUCGGCCUCCUCACGAAUCUCACGGUGUUUGAUGUCAGCUUCAACCGACUUCAAGGACCUCUUCCCUCCACCAUCGGCAAAAACAUGAAGAGCUUGGAGCAGCUGGACGUGGCCCGCAACAGACUCACGGGUGUCAUCCCAGCCAGUAUUUGCCAGCUACCUCGUCUGCACAACUUCACCUAUUCCUUCAACUAUUUCACCGGAGAGGCUCCUGCUUGUGCUGCUAACAAAAAUAAUAUCAAUGGUCGCAAGAACUGCAUUCGUGGUAAGUUGGAUCAGAGAUCUGCAAGGGAAUGUGCUUCGCCAGCUGCACGUCCCGUGGACUGCCGCAAGCUCCAAUGCAGCAGCACUACUAUUCCUGGAGGCGGAGGAGGCAGCGGCGGGGGUUCUAAGAGAAGGCCUCCUCGGGUUUCAACACCCUCAGUGCCGGUUGGGAAUAAGCCGCCUGCUCAACGAAGGCCUCCUCGGGUUUCAACACCCCCACCCCCGACUUCAGAGUCAUCACCUUCCACUAGAUCACAUCCUCCACCACCAUCAAACCCUUCUUCUUCUUCUUCUCCGCCUCUAGUGCCUAAUAGAGCACCUCCUCCUUCCAAUUCCAAUUCCCAUUCCCCUACAAAGCCUCCGCCACCUACUCAAAGAGUUUCACCCAGGACGCAUCUUCCACCUUCACCCCCUCCAUCUAGUAGUCAUCAUCAUUGGACUUUGACACCACCACCCCCACCUACCCAAAAUGUGUCACCAACUACUCAUCUAAGACCACCUCCGCCGCCGCUGCCCACGCACUACAACUCCUCUUCUUCCCCACCACCACCAGUACUUUACCAUGCUUCCCCACCUGAUCACUCUAAACAUGAUCUAGUGCCGCCAUCACCU